CCCUCUCGUGCCUCGAACCAUCCUCUCCAUCUGUUUGAACUCUCAAGCUAACAAUCCGGUACUCACUGUUGAUCCAAUCUGACUCCAAGUGACUAACAACAGGUUAAGGCAGAAUGUCACCUCCAGAGUUCUACCCCCCUCAUCCUGCCCGAGCAACACGUAAUUGGACUCCUCGCGAUGAAUUCGAGCUGAAGCUCAAGAAAGACCAGAAAAUAUUCAUCUUAACAGAGGAAGGCCCGUGGUGGUACACUGCCCGGACCGCUGACGGUAAGGAAGGCUACGUGUCGCCUCACAUCGUCUCUCUCGAUAAGAACCAUCGAGGAUCCGAAAUCCAAGGCUCCAGUGAACCACCAAGGUACACCAAAGGCUCCAUGUUCGAGAAAUGGGUGGGCAAAGCCGAGAAAGCUUUCAACGCACCCAUGAGCUCGCUCGACGAGUUUCCGACGCUCCCGAAGGAGAUCAUUCAGAAACAUUCGCAGAAGGGGUGUCAGAUCGUUGCUUGUCGCGUGCUCAAAUACGGCCUGGCAGAACGGCCGGGAACCGAGGCGGUGGAAGGGGUGGCUAUCCGGGCCUGCCAGCACGAUAUCAUCGCGCUCCUGAACAGCGGGGGAGAUGAUGCUUGGGGAUGGGGCGUCGAGAAUCAUAAGAAGUUUCAUCCGGAUUGGUUUGGGAGGCGCUGCAAGGAGUCGUUCAAGGAGAAGGGGUCGGAGAUGGCCUCGGAGUUAUUUGUGCUCAUGGGUCAGGUCUGUGAUGAUCGAUUCGGAUGAGCGCGCGAAGUGGAUGACGGAAAAGACGUGGCAAUGCAAAGGGGGUGAUGCGGCUUAAAGCAAUAGGACUCUAUGGAAACA